GUCGGGAGAAUGAACUUCCAUCCGGCGACUAUGGAAACGUAGAAAAAACAUAAACAAUUGCACAUCCAGUGAUUUUUGCGGCAAAAAACUAAGAAAUCCUGUGAAAAACAGUUGGAGUUUUGUGAAAAAUGGAAGCAGGAUACACAUCAGUCUUUGAGAUCGAUGGAAAACCCAUCCUGCCGCCUUUGAUGACUGAUGCCAUCAGGAUGGAAAUGAGGCAGUACAGGACACAAGCAAUCAAACUGGAAGAACGUUUGAAGAAUAUGAAGCAACUGGCAAGGAUGAACAGUAGCACUUUGGAUUCAACUCAAGAGAUUCCGGAUGAUCUAACCCAGGGCUAUGUUACGUGUAAAUCCUUUGAAUCAGGAUCGGAUGUGGUGACUGAGGUUGAGGUUGUUGGGGAUGUUGAGGAUGGUGGGAAGGAGUCGCCGUUGUUUGUGCCUUCGGGGGAAGGGAAGAACGCUAGUAAGGAUUGUGAUGAUUUGGCUCUGGAGGAACUUACGUCGAAUCUGUCCAUUUCUGUGCCUUUGGUGGAGAGUAGGAGGAUUUCUGGAGAUGGGAGUGUGCCCAUGUCGCCUCCGGAAAAGGAGUUGGAGAGGAUGGCACCUGUGCAGAGGAUCGUAAGGUCGAAUUCCUACACAUUGGAGGCUCCAAGUCCGCAUCUUGCUGACCUGCUGAAGAAGAGUUCAGCUGGUCAUUCACCAACUAGUCAUUCGCCAAAUGGUCAAGCGACCAAUUCCCGGGGGCCUGUGGAUCUCAAGAAGGUGAAGAGUAAGGUGGAUUCGCGGCUGGUGUAUUCGAAAUCAAAGAAAAUAUCCUCAAAAGCUGGAAUGAAGAAAGCUCUGGGAAAUACUCCGUCAUCUCAGAUCUCCAAGCAUCCCAGAUCAUCGGCUAUUGGGAAGUUGAAGGUACUCAGAGUGCCCAAGAAGGCGGAUGGGGAGCUGCUGAAAAAGCCUGAAGGAGAAGAGGUUAAAAAGGAGAAAGUUACUAAGGAUGAAUCCAUUCCUCAAAAUCAGAACGAAAUUUCGGAAUUUCUGUCCAAGAUCGAAGCGGAGCACAAGGUGAGGAUGCAGGAAUUGCUGGAACUUCAGCUGGAGGAGCAGAGAAAAUUCCGAGAGACUUUCAAUGAGCAGCAGAAGCUUCUGAUGGAGUCAUUGAGGAAGACAUUUCCGGAGAUGACUGUGACUGAGGAUUCCAAUGGGAAUGAUACCACGGUGACCACACCGCUGAGUUUAGAUCUGGGAGACAGUGAGUGGACAAAUCCCUCGCUAAGUAGCUCAUCUUCGGUGCUGAAGACACCGAAAAUGAGGGAAAAUUCCCUGGAUCGUGUCACGCAGGUCUUCCUGAAGCAGCAUCUCACGCAGGUGCGACAGGAGCAGGAGAAUCUGUCACCACGGAGCCUGAGAGCCGCUUCGGUGAUCAACGCGCACGUCAGGGGAUAUCUGGUGAGGCGUCUGAUGCGUACAGAAGCUGUGCAUCAGAUCAUCCAAACAUUCCACGAUACCCGUGUAUUUCUCAUUGAACUCCACCGGGAUUCGCAGAAUAAGAACACAAAUUCCACGGAUAUGGAACUCAAGAGGAGACUUUUGCAGCAAUUGGCAUCUUCCCUUGGGUCUCUCCAUGAGGUUUUCUUUCAGUUGCCGAUGAAGGAACGCAUGGAGAUCAUAGCAAAAGAUCGUGAAAACCUCUUUCUACGCCUUCAACGAGCUUCCCAGAGACGCUCUCAGAGUGCCGAGUCACGAAGAGCGCCCCAGCAACUCAACAAAAUGAAAAUUGUGGCCUUGUAAGUUCCCUGAAUUUCCUUUCUUUGUUCUCUCUCUCUCUCAUUCAAUUCACAAAAAUCUCUCUAGGUUUCCCAUUGACAUUCCAUAAAUUUACAAGAAGAAAUUAAUUAUUUGAAUAAAUUGGAAGUUUAUUUUCUA